AUGAUAGGAUUAAUUAGCCUAUACCUUAUUGAUAUUGAAUUUAUUAAAAGGAAACAUAAUAAAAACAAAAAAUAUUCUUUAAUUCAUUAUAAUUAAUUAAUAAUUUUGUUAAUUUAAUUAAAUUAAUAGGGAAAAGAAUAAUUAAUUAAAGCUUAGAAAAAUAAGGUAGAUCUAAUGGAGUAAAUCAGCUAAAAUUAGUAGCAACUUCAAAUGACAAAGUUAAAGCUACUUCAGCAUAUCCAAAAUAGGUAGAAAAUCAGAUAGAUGUAUGCAGAUAAGGGUAUUUAAAUGCUUCAAAAACAAGAGUUGCUUUUUUCUGAAAUUAAUGAACCUACAUUGAGUAAAAUCUAGAAUAUGGUUUACAAAGAAAUGAAGAGCGAAUUAUCGCAAAAAGGAUAUGAUGAAUUUAGAUUUUUAGGGUAAGGAGCUCAAGGAUUAGUCGUAUUAGCAAAGGAAAAAUCAACUAACAAGAGGUAUGCUAUCAAAGGAAUUAAUAUUAAAGAUUCAAAGGACAAUGUUGAUCAAGUUAUUUUAGGUUAAGUUUAGCAAGAAAUUAAAAUGCUCAAUUAAUGCAAGGGCUCUCCUUAUGUAGUCAAUCUUCUACAUUAGAUAGAGGGAAAUGAUUUUAUUUUCCUAGUUCUCACUGAAUGUUUAGGAACUCUGAAUGAAAUUAUGAAGAAUACCUAAAAUGAAAGAUUGAAUGAGUUAUCAGCUAUUAAAUACGCAAAGGAUAUUGCAGAGGGUCUUUACUUUAUCCACUCUAAGAAAGGCUUAGUUAAUGAUCUGAAGAUGGAUAAUAUCCUAAUUGAUUACAAUGGAAACGCAGUUGUUUCUGACUUUGGAUUAGCUUAUAAUCUCCCCUAAUAAUCUGGAUAUGCUAUUGAUGAAUAUAAAGGAAACAUUUUAUGUCAAGCUCCAGAAUGUUAUGAUUCCUCAAAAUUUGAUACUUACUCUAAGGAAUACAUAAAAUUAGGAAUAGCUGUAAAGAAAUAACCAAGUCAAAGAAGCGAAGCAUGUUCUUUAGGUUAUUUGAUAUACACAAUGAUUUCAGGAUUCUAAGCGAAUUUGGUUUUUAGCAAGCACCAACCUUUGCAAUAUAAUGCAGACUUCUAAAAUUUCAAUUAUGAGAAAUAACUUAGAUACAUAAUUGAUGGAUUGACAAAAUUCAUUCCAAGAGAAAGGUUAAAGGUUAAAGAAGUUUUAAUAAUAUUAAAAGGAAUUGUUUCUUUAGAAUUUGACUUAGACAGCAAAUUUAUUGAAGUAAUCGAUGAUGCAGCAGCUCAGUAACACAUCAGAUAGUUUAGAUAAGACAUUGAAUAUGUUCAAGGUUUGGAGAAUAAGUUUUACCCAAUCAUUAAAAACGAAAAGGAAUUAGCCUAAUAUCUCAAUUCAUAGAUUGAUGCUUAAAAAUAAAAACAUGAGGCAGUUAUUAGUGAGUUAUAAUAAAAAAUAAAGGAAAUGUAACAAAUAAUCGAUGAUUUGUUAAAUCAAUAGGAGAAAUAGGGAAAUUAAAAAUAGAAUAUUUAACCUUUUAUUUCAAAUUAAUAAGCAAAUUCUUAAUAGGUUUUCUAGAAAUAGCCAGAAUUAGGUCAUCAAGAUUAAAUCUAGAAGCAAAAAACAGAAAAAAAAUAAGACAUUCAGAAUUAUUAGCAAAAUCAAGAGCAAAUAAAGAUUGAUUAAUAAGCUAGCAAUUAAUCUACCAAGUAAUUUAUUUAUAUUCAUCAGCUUCUAUGUAUGAAGAAACAAUAAAAUACUUGA